AUGCUGGAGUUAUAUGCAGAUACUUCGGUAAUUAUUUACAUUAUUGAAUGCUGCAUCUACAAUAUUGCCAGCGGUGGAAUUGAUUUUUAUUUUUUGGUGAUAGUAAUGCACAUUUGUGGGCAAGUUGAAAUACUAGCCUCAAGUUUUCGACAAUUAAUUAAUAACAAGAAGAAUCCAAAAUUAGAUAGAAAAAAAUUUAUAAUUAUUAUUGAACGAAAAAAAUACUUGUUGAAUUUAAUAGAUUGUCUUCAGAGAAUAUCUUUUGAGUUUUUGAUACUUGUUGUAUCGUUGGCGUCUACUAUUCAAUUGAAUGUUGUUGGUAAUUAUAAUAAUAAUAAUAAUAAUAAUUGUUAUUUUUUAUCAAGCAGCCAUUCAGGUGUCAAAAGUGGAUCAUUUUUCUACGUUUUUGCAGAAUUAUAUAUUUAUUGUUUCAUCGGUGACAAACUGUCUUCACACAUUGACAAUUUGUAUUUAUCUAUUUACGAAUGCUGUUGGCACAAUUUUCCUCCACGGAUACACUUAAUAAGACCUAAGUUUAAAGUUUAA